CUAGUCAGCAGAGGGAGACGUCCAGGCUCUGCCAAAAGGUCACUGAAUCAUCUGCCCUCUGUCCCACACUCGUGCCUGCUGUCUCUGACCGCAGUCAUCAUGCCUCGGGGUCAGAAGAGUAAGCUCCGUGCCCGUGAGAAACGCCGCCAGGCUCGAGAAGAACACAAGGGUGUGAAGGGUGCUCCAGCCACUGUAGCAGAGAAAGAAAAGUCUGUCUCUUCCUCUUCUCGUCAUUUCAAAGAAAAUCCCCAGAGGUCAUCUGCUUCUGGAACAACCAGCGAUCAGCAAAAGCCAGGGAAAGCCCCAUCCGGCACUGCUGCUGCAGCAGCUGCUUCCUCCACAAGGUCUCAUGCAGGCGCCACCAGCCGAGUUGAGGAAAAGCCAAAUACCCCACAGGCCCAGGCUUCCACUGGGCACAGGCAAAGAGGCCCUGUAGAAAAGAAGUCUACGAUGCUGAUGCGUUACCUGCUGAGCAAGUAUCAAAAGAAAGAGCCUGUUACAAAGGCAGAUAUGCUGAGAAAUGUGAUCAAAACAGAUAAGAACCGCUUCCCUGAGAUCCUGAGGAGAACCUCUCGGCACCUGGAGCUGAUCUUUGGCCUUGACAUGAAAGAAGUCGAUCCCAACAGGAAUCUCUAUGUCCUCGUCAACAAACUGGAUCUAAGCUGUGAUGCAAGAGUGAAUGACAAGAGAGGCUUGCCCAAGACUGGCCUGCUGAUGACUGUUCUGGCUCUCAUCUUCUCGAACGGCAAUCGUGCCACUGAGGAGCACAUCUGGAAAUUGCUAAAUCUGAUGGGAGUAUACUGUGGGAAGAAGCAUUUCAUCUUUGGGGAACCCAGGAAGCUUCUCACCACAGAUUUGGUAAAAGAAAAGUACCUGGAAUAUCGUCAGGUGCGCAACAGUGAUCCUCCAAGCUUUGAAUUCCUGUGGGGUCCAAGAGCCUACGCUGAAACCAGCAAGAUGAAAGUUCUCAAGUUUUUUUGCACACUCAAUCGGACUGUCCCUAGUGCCUACCCACGCUUGUAUGAAGAGGCUCUGAGAGAUGAAGAGGAGCGAGCCCGAGCCAGAUUUGCAGCUAGGCUUCGUGCUGCUGUCAUGGCCAUCGCUUGUUAUAGGGCCGCUUCCAGAAGCCUUCCUGCCCCAAGUGAAGGCUGAGGAAAAUUCUUGACUGUGUUGUUGAAGAGGACAGCUAAUGUUCUCAUUGGUGGAGGUUCGGGUGAGGGUGGCAAACUAGCAACAACACAGUGUGUAACGUGUGUGUUCUUGUUCUUAUAUGGUAACUUGGAUAUUGGUUUAAAUGUUCCUCUUAAUAGAAAGUUUAAGUAGCUUCAGAGUCCACAUUUAUAAGUGAUAAUAAGUCAUACAUUUAUUGAUGUGUAUGAGUAUUAAGAAUAAGAGUUUUACUAUUUUAUAGAAACAAUUGUGAAGUUUUCUAUCUUAUUUAGUGAUCUCAAACAAGAUAGCGUGGUGGAUUAGGCAUUUCCUUGGAAAUGUGAAAAGACACAGCAGGAAAAUAGUUGGGGUCAAAAAAACAGAAAAAAGUAAAAGAUUAUUAAUACUUGUA